CAGAGUGGAAAGGGAGGGGGGAACCCCCUCUUUAGCCCCUUGAACGCUGCUGGAGGGCGGACGCGCGCAGGGAAGAGGGAGGGGAAGGGAGGAGCACAUCCUUAUGCAGAGAUGCUGCAGUGGCUCAGGGCGCGCACACACAACACGGGCAAGCGGGCAGCAGCGGCGGCAGUUGCAACAGCAGGAGGUGGAGGUGGUAGAGGAGGAGGAAGAGGAGGAGAAGGAGGAGGAACAGGGAAAGGCUCACCUGCAAAGGGAGGACCGGCAGCAGAGCGAGAGGCGUUUGCUGCUGCGCCGGAGCUUCUGAGGCGUUCCUUGCCCCGGCGCGCCACGCACAAACACGUGCCGAUCCAGCCACUCUGUGCCUGAGAUUCACACUCUGUUCUUCUGUUUGCUGAAUUGUCUUUCACCUACUGAAGCCUACAAAUGGGAAAGUCUGCAGAACUUCUCUUAUUUUCAUUAGUAACAAUCUCUUCUACAGUCUGGAAGUCAGCUGAGACUAUGAUGAGAAACUAUGGGCCUGUCUUUGAAGACCAGCCACACAAUAUCCUUUUUCCAGAAUGGUCAACAGAGGAGCAAAUUUUGUUGGUAUGCCGAACACGAGCGAGUCCUCCUGCAAAUUACAGGUGGAAGAUGAAUGGAACAGAGAUCAAAAUAGAGCCAGAUUCACGAUACAGGUUAAAUGGUGGCAACUUGGUAAUAAGAAACCCAAUGACAGCUAAAGAUGCUGGAUCCUACCAGUGCAUAGCAUCCAACUCCAUGGGCACAAUAAUAAGUAGAGAAGCUCAUGUUCGCUUCAGCUAUCUGCAGGAAUUCUCUACAGAAGAACGAGAUCCAGUGAGGGCUACAGAGGGCUGGGGGGUGAUGUUGACGUGCAGCCCACCACCACACUAUCCAGGACUUGAAUAUCGCUGGUUAGUGAAUGAUUUCCCAAACUUCAUUCCAGCAGAUGGCAGGCACUUCAUCUCUCAGACAACCGGAAACCUUUACAUUGCUAAGACUGAGGCUUCUGAUGUUGGCAGCUACUCCUGUUUUGCUACGGGCCAUAUUGGCUCUGUUAAAAGGAAUGUUUUUAGCACGUCUUCUCAACUCGUUCUUGUAAGAGAAGAUUCCAGACCUCAUGCCCCAAUCAUUAAAGCCAAGUUUCCUUCUGAUACCUACGCUUUGACUGGGCAAGUGGUGACUUUGGAGUGUUUUGCCUUUGGGAACCCUGUCCCUCAAAUAAAAUGGCGAAAGGUGGAUGGUAGCCAGUCCUCCAGAUGGAUCUCAUUUGAACCUGUGCUUCAGUUUAAAGAGGCGAGCUUUGAUGAUGAAGGCACUUACGAGUGUGAAGCUGAGAAUGGCCAAGGAAAAGAUACUUUUAAGGGCCGCCUCAUUAUCCAAGCUCAGCCAGAAUGGCUAAAAGUCAUCACAGACAAAGAAGCUGACAUUGGAUCAAAUCUCCAUUGGAGCUGUGCUGCAGCUGGCAAACCAAGGCCUACAUUAAGGUGGCUACGGAAUGGGCAACCAUUAACUUCCCAGAAUCGCAUUGAAGUGAAUGGUGGGAAUUUAAAGAUAUUAAAGUUAACAGUGGAAGAUUCAGGGAUGUACCAGUGUAUAGGAGAGAACAAACAUGGCAAAAUCUAUGCAAGUGCGGAAUUGUAUGUCCAAGCCUUUGCUCCAGAUUUUCGACUAAACCCUGUCAGGCAAUUGAUACCAGCAGCUCGAGGUGGAGAAAUUAUUAUUCAUUGUCAGCCCAGAGCUGCCCCAAAGGCUAUAAUUCUUUGGACAAAAGGCACUGAGCUUCUGAGAAACAGUUCCAGCAUAAUUAUCACUCCAGAGGGCACCUUGAUCAUUCGAAAUAUUAGCAAGCCCGAUGAAGGGAAAUACACUUGCUUUGCUGAGAAUUUCAUGGGCAAAGCAAACAGCACAGGAAUUCUGUCAGUCCGUGAUGCGACUAAAAUCACUCUUGCACCAUCCAGUGCUGACAUCAACUUAGGUGAAGAUAUUGCCCUCCAAUGCCAUGCCUCCCAUGACCCAACAAUGGACCUCACUUUUACUUGGUGCCUGGAUGACAUUUUAAUUGAUUUUAGCAAGUCUGAAGGCCAUUAUAAACGAGCUAGUACAAAAGAGAAUAUUGGAGAUCUUGUAGUCUUGAAUGCUCAACUGAAACAUGCUGGCCGAUAUACUUGCACAGCCCAGACAGUGGUGGACAGCGCCUCUGAAUCAGCUGUACUAGUUGUAAGAGGUCCUCCAGGCCCUCCUGGGGGAUUGGUGGUGAGGGAUAUAAAGGACACCACGAUACAGCUAAGUUGGAGUCAAGGUUCUGCUAACCAUAGCCCCAUAGCUAAGUAUGUCAUCCAGGCCCGUACUCCACUUUUUCCACAAUGGAAGCAAAUGCGUACCAAUCCCACAAAUAUCGAAGGCAAUGCAGAAAUAGCCCAAGUUAUCAACCUCAUACCAUGGAUGGAUUAUGAAUUCCGUAUCCAGGCUAGCAACAUCCUUGGUAGUGGAGAGCCCAGUGUGCCAUCUAUGAAAAUUCGAACCAAAGAAGCCGCCCCUACAGUUGCACCAUCAGGACUCAGUGGAGGAGGAGGAGCACCAGGGGAACUCAUUAUCAAUUGGACACCGAUGCAACGAGAGUACCAAAAUGGAGAUGACUUUGGAUAUAGGCUCUAUUUCCGGAAAGAAGGUACCCAGUCCUGGAAGAUUGCAAAUGUGCCCCAUGCAGAGUCACUACAUUAUGUUUAUCGCAAUGAAAGCAUUUCUCCUUAUACACCAUUUGAAGUGAAGAUCAAGGCCUUCAACAGGAAGGGAGAAGGGCCAGAGAGCCUAGUAACUAUUGUGCAUUCUGCAGAAGAAGAACCAAGAGUGGCUCCCUCUAAUGUUACAAUCAAGGCAGUAAUGGCUACAGAAAUGGACGUUUCUUGGAAUUCUGUGGAACAUCAUGAUAUGAAUGGAGUCCUCUUGGGUUAUGAGAUCCGAUACUGGAAACAUGGUGACAAAGAAGAAGCCGCUGACAGAGUAAGAACAGCAGGUCUUGUCAACUUGGCACAUGUGACUGACCUCCAUCCCAACACAAAUUACCAUGUGUCAGUCAGAGCAUACAAUGGGGCAGGGACUGGGCCAGCAAGCUCCCCCACCAGUUUCUCGACAAAAAAGCCACCACCAAAAAUGCUGCCUGGCAACAUUACAUGGACAUUUUCCAGCUCCAGUGUAAGCAUUAAGUGGGAUCCUGUGAUUGCCAACAAAGAUGAAUCUGUUGUCACUGGCUACAAGAUGCUAUAUCAUGCUGAUGCACACUCCGCUCCUGUUCUAUACAUAGCCAACAAUAACUGGAUUGAGAUCCCAAUCCGAGAAGAUUCAACUCAUGCGCUAGUGCAAAUUAGGACAACAGGCCCAGGUGGAGAUGGUGAUCCAGCUGAUGUACACAUUCUGAGAAACAGUGGUACAAGUAUGAUGGUGGAAAAUUCUUCAGAUCACCCAGUGCUUCAUACAAUGGUUGCCCUAACUCAUGCAUUAAUAAUGCUUGCCCUCAUUGGCUCCUCAGAGCUCUGAUAUUAACUACUAAAAUUGAAAGCUAUUAGAUAAGAUUUUUCAUAAUUUAGCAAAUCCGCAGGUCACCAUUUGGACUACAAAUUUCUACCACAACUAUAAUUAUAGACAGUACUUAGUGGAAAAGGACUUGAGAAGAAAAAUAUACUUUUUUCUUUCUUUUUUUAAAGGAUAUAUAACAUUUCAUACAAGACAGGAGUCUUUGAUCAAUCAGAUUUUUUUAAAACUGACAAAACAAGAGGUGAUUUCUGGAAACUGGAUGUGUCUUUCAUAUUACUGUAUUCAGUAGAUUUUUCUGCCUUACAAAGCCACAUGCAAAAGUAAUGACACUUAAAACUUGAUUUUUUUUUAAAGUACGAGAAACAAAAUACAAACAAGAAUAAAUGCAUAUCUUCCAAGAGAAGGUGUGUCUCAAAGGAUGAGCAUUGUUCCGUAUCAUUCCCAACUGCAGCCAGUAUUGUGCCAAGGACUCCAGUAUUUAAUGUUAAAAUGGAACUUAUUGAAGGGCAAUAUUGUUCCAAUAAACUUUUUUCAAGGCAUCUGGCUGGAGGACACAAGCCAAUAGAAACUCAGACAUCUCACACUGCAAAGACACUUGAUGAACAAAACAAUGUUGAAUCUAGUUUGCUGAAAGUGGGAUAUUGAUGGCUCGCUGGUAAAACCAAAAAGUAAUAAUAAUUUGCCUUGUACUUUGGCUUUUACUUUGCAUUUCCUAUGACCGUUCAUCUGUGCUUCUUGAAGAGGUACAUUGUUUAUGCAUUCAAAACUUAAAAACAGUUCAUUGAUUCUUGCAUUUUCUUAUGGUUCCUCAGUAGUGGGAGGCUUAUGGCAGGAAGGAAAGCUUUAAAGUUACUACAGAACUUUUAUUCCACUUUGUCAGGAGACACACAGUAUCAUUUAUCCAAAAUUCAUCAACCCAAUUUGAACCUGAAAAAAAAAUUGAGUUGACAUGAUAGUUAAUAACAAUAAUUAACAUUUUAACUUGAGUUUAAUUUUGCCAAGUGACAGUAUUGAUUUUUCAGGUUGUCUUUCAGACAUUUAAUUUUGCUAUCAAUGUAUUUAUCUGCUUAGUUGUUUUUGGUUUGAAUAACAAGGAAGGGGACUCCCAAUAUCAGUUUUGAAAUACUGCUACACGUUUCUUUUUUUUUUCUUUUAAACAAGUUUUAUUGUUUUUUUCAUUUUACAAACAAGUGUUUAAGAAACAACGUGGUGGCAGGGCAAUCAAUUGUCCACAAAACAAAGUC